UGCUAUGUGGCACUGCUUCUCCUUCAAGGACAACAGGAGAGAGAGUGGAUCAUCUACAAGUGUCUAUCACUGCACACUGCAGGGCAAGUCAGACCAACAGUUACCUGAUCCAGCCAUUGUGAUGGUCCAGUUCAGGGCACCGGAGAAGCAACUCAACACCUCAGGUUCCUUGGGACCACCAGAGGAGUACACAGGCCGGGUAGACAUUGAGAUGGACACUCCAGGCACCACCAGUGUCAUAGCCAGUGUACCGAUGAAGGCUAGAGUAGGGGUAGCCAGAAUACACACACCUAGGACACUACAGGCUCUUGUUCUGACGACCAGUAUAGGCACCUCCAUCAGUCGCAGCGUGCCCCUGAAGAACGCGGGAAACAUCCCCGUCACGGUCGACCUGACCGUUACCAAGGAACAGGACGUCUUCACCCUGCUACCCAGCACCCUGACCCUUCACCCUGGGCAACAGUCAGAGGUGACAGUGAAGUUUGCGCCCAAGCACGCGCCCCACACCGUGAGCAGCCUGAUGACGAUGUGUGUGAGGCCGGGAGGGCCUCAGUACGAGGUUCUGCUGAGGGGGGAGUGUGUGAUGAUGGAGAAGAAGCCGCAGGGGGUCCCAGCUGCAGCUGACGCUCCGCCUGUCCUGUCGAACAAACAGUUCCUGUCCUGGGGUGGAGUGCCCAUGGGGAGAGCGCUACAGCAGAAGCUAGUGUUGAGAAACAGCUCACAAACCCAGACUCUCAAACUGGACCUGACCAUCAGAGAUGAUGGCAAUGGUUGUUUUCAGCUUCAGAGUUCGUUCAUGGAGCAUGAGCAGCUGUCCAGCUCCAGACAGAUCAUCCUGAAACCUCUAGAAGACUUCCCCGUUCACCUCAUCUUCGCUCCCACCAGAGUCGCCACCAUGCAGGCCAAACUGGUCAUCAAACCUCCCAAGGGGAACACCAAGUUUACUAUCCCCCUGUCUGGCUACGGCGGCACCUGUAACCUGACUGUGGAGGGCCUGAGGGCAGUGUCUGAUAUGUACAUAGCAAACUUAGGGGAGGUGUCAGUUGGGAAGAAAAGUACAAUCGACAUCCCAGUACGUAACACUGGAUCCAGGGCAGCCUUUGUGAAAGCCAUGUGCUUUGGUGACCUGUCAGCUAGAACCCAGCUUCCAGCUAACAGAGUGAGGGUCGAACCAAGCGAGUUUGUUCUGAGGGAGAGAACCACAAAGGUGAUCUCCGUGGUGUUCCACAUCUCUGAGAAGGAAGAAGCGAUAUGUGCCGAGAGAGCGGACACCAUCGGCACCCUGGGGCUCUUCUACGGGGACGAAAUAAGCAGGAAACAGCUCAGAAGAGCUCUUCGCAAAGGGUCCUCAGAAAGAGGAUUACUGGCGGAUACCAACCCACUGAAGGGAGUCAACUUUGACAUGCAGUACCUGGGGGAGGAACAUGCGCAGGAAGUGUAUGAUCUUCCUGAGCGACCCAACGACAUCAGGCUGUUCUACUCGUGCAUGUCUCGGGUGAUGGUCUCCCUUGUUGGCAGACCCCCCUCCUCUAACACUGAAGAACGGAGACGAACAUCGUCUGUGGACAGCUCUGUUGUUGAACGCAUGGCAGUGCAGAGAAGACCCCCAGAACCACAGCAAAAACUGACAAAUUCUCCACCAGUUAAGGGGACGCCCAUCUCAAAGGCGUUUGUAACUGACAAACCUAAGAAAGAUGAAGCAGAGCAAGCAGAGCUUUCCUCCAAGUCGUGGAGCGUUCAGCCAGAACAGCUGAUGCUGUUGGCCCCUGGCACUGGGGGAGACUUGGAUGCAGCACAAGUCCAGGUCCUCAACCACACAGAUAGAGUCAUGAGUUUUGAGUUGUCCUGGCCUGGCCAUUGUUUGACAGUCACACCGCAGCAUGGUAAAGUAGAUGCAAGGAGCCAUCAGGUGAUCCUGGUCAGUCCCAACCCAGCCACACAAGGCAAGCCAGACAUCUUCCCCUGGAGGGGCAACCUCUUCAUACACUGUGACAAUGGGCAGAAGGCUGUCAAAAUACAGAUUCGCGAGGACCUAGCACUGGAGAAAUCUACCUACACGUCAGCUCAGUUGCAGCCCCUGGUUAAUCAGGACGCCACACCUAACGUUACUCCAGCUGCUGGACUGCACAAGGACAAAUCUUCUCCAACUGCUGAGGUGUCUGUCGCAAGCAAGGUGCUGAAGUUUCCACCAACAAGAAAGGGGGAAACUGCAGAAAGUUGUCUGGACUUCAGAAAUGCUUCUGAGAAGGAGAUGAAAUGGGAGCUGACAUCAUUUGCGCCUGCUUAUGUAAAGGGUGUGGAUGACACGAACGACAUCUUCCGUGCCACGUACACGGUGUUCAGAUUCGCCCGCAUUAGCGGAACCCUUGGCGCAACAGAAAGAAUACAGAUACCUGUGACCUUUAUUCCAAGGGAGAUUGGCAGCUACUCACAGUUUUGGGAUCUUCAGACUGAGCUCAGAGGAUUGUCUGGAGGCCCUGCACAUACCACCAGGAUCCAGCUGAUAGCCCAGGGGAAAGAAUGCAUGGACACAACAGAUGAUAGUCUUCCCAGGAACCAGCAGAGAUCCAGGAAGAUAUCGGGAAACAAUCUGUCUACCACCACUGCAAGGAAUGGAGGUUCUGACAGUGCUAAGAGUAGCCUGGUGGUUCCGUGUGACAGGUAUGUGUUCCCUGUCACCGUGGUGGACCAGUCAAGCACGGAGAAAGUGCUCAUCAAGAACGACAGUGCAACCCCAGUCUCUGUAAAGUUUGUGAGCCCCCGGUCUCCAUUCAAGGUCAAUCAUCACAAGUACACACUGAAGGGCAAGUAUUACGUCCAGCUGCCGGUCCACUUCAAGCCAACCCAGCCCGGGAAGUACGAGUCCCUGUUGGUCAUCCAGAGCGAACUGAAGGGGAGCUUCGCUGUCCAGCUGGUUGGAGAGGCCACAAGGUGACCGCACAACAACAGCCUCAACAGAGUAUUCCAGUGUUAGCCCCAUAGCCUUACACCGUUACAUCAACUGGUAGGAUAGGCCACAAGGUGACCGCACAGCCUCAACAGAGUCUUCCAGUGUUAGUACCUAACCCCUAGCCUUACAUCAUUGUAUCAACCAGUGGCCACAAGGUGACCGCACAGCCUCAACCGAGUCUUCCAGUGUUAGUACCUAACCCCUAGCCUUACAUCAUUGUAUCAACCAGUGGCCACAAGGUGACCGCACAGCAACAGGCUCAACAGAGUCUUCCAGUUUAGUACCUAACCCCUAGCCUUACGUCAUUGUAUCAAUCAGUGGCCACAAGGUGAACAGACAGUAACAGCCUCAACAGAGUCUUCCAGUGUUAGUACCUAACCCCAUAUAGCCUUACAUGUACAUCAUUGUAGAGUGCAUUGUAUCAACCAGUGGCCACAAGGUGACCGCACAGCAACAGCCUCAACAGUCUUCUAGUGUUAGUACGUAACCCCUAGCCUUACAUCAUUACAUCAGUUGGUAGGAGAGGCCACAAGGUGAUCACAGCAACAAGCACAGCUUCUGACAAAUUCCUCCAGUGUUAGUACCAUAGCCAAAAGUGGUUAAUUUUGCCUUACAUGAACUAGUAGGAGAAAUUUGAACUUUAUUUAAGUACCACUAGUACUACUUCGCUGGCAACAGCCUGAAUUGUGUUGGCGAGUACACAUUACAGCAGAGUAUUAGACAACAAGGUGACCGCACAGCAACAAGCACAGCUCCUGACAAAUUCCUCCAUUGUUAGUAUCUAACCCUAUAGCCUUACAUCAGCCGGUGGGAGAAACCACAAGGUGACUGCUAAACAACAGGCACAGCUCCCUAAGAUUCCUCCAAUGUUUAAGUACACAAACCCAUAACCUUCCAUCACUACAUGAACUGUUGAGAGAGGCCACAGGGUUGACCACACAAUUGCUUCUACUUCCAGUAGUAAUCAAUCAAACAAACAGAUAUUUGUAAAUUUUGUGACUGUAUUGUUACGUAUAUUGUCCUGACGUGACAGAUUCCACCAGUAGCAUUAAUCUUCUCUUCUCCCUGCUACCUACAUGUACAAUGUAGCCCCACAAAACUGAAACGAAAAUUCCUACUUUUGCAGUUUGUAGGUAUAUUGAAGAAAGAGAAUAACUUGUGAAUUAUAAGUGUGAUAUUGUUAUGUGUAUUAUCCUGAUAUUAAUGAAAAUGUUGCUGCUUCUAGAUAAGAAAAAGAAGACUUAGGAGUGCUCUGACAUUGUUAUAUAUAAAAAUGUUGCAAACUACUAGUAAGUAAAAAAGAAAAAUAUUCAGAGCUCUUGCACCAGUGAAUGUACAGUACUUUGUUUAUAUAUAUAAGACAGCACCUUGCAGUGCAAGACUUGUGAAUGCAAAUAGAUUAUGGCAAUGCGUUUGAAGGUUAGGCCUAGUAACAGUAUUUUUUUUUACAAACGAAGCAAUAAUGAAGCAAUAAAGACAUGGAGAUUA